CAAUUAUUUAAUUGAGGUCUCAUGUCUCAAAGAACCUCUAACCCAUUGACAGAAGAAGUGCCCACUAUAUUUUCCUGGGUCGAGCAUUCGUCUAGCAAUGUGGCUUUUGACAUUUUUACUGACCUCAUGGAGGGUGUAGUAAGAUGAUUAAAAAUUGGACAAGCCAGACCUUAAUUAGGAGGAAAGUGGAGAACUUCUUUGACUUCACCGGGAGUUUUUCCCAUGAUCCUUUCCCACACAUUUCGAUUCAUGACUGGACUUCACUACUGCCUGAUAUAUUCUGCGUGCGAACAAUGCAGAAGCGAUUAUGUUGAGAUUCCUGAUUUGUUCACUCUUACACCCGACAACUGGACUCAAGAACUGGACUCAAGAACUGGACGGUGAAGAAACCCGCAUCUUCUCUUUGACAUCGGCCAGAGUCUCUAAAAAUGUCUUUGGAAAGUCAAUCAACAAACGACACAAGCAAGGGCCAAUGAAGACACGCAUUGGUCGCUGUUGUUGCCCAGCAGUUAUCCUGAAAACUUCCAAACAGCAUAGUGAGUCGAAUCCUCAGCAACUGUAGUACCGCACGUCAUC